UCAUAAUAUAAUAUAAUAUAAUAUAAUAAUAAAAUAAAUAUAAGGAAGAUGAUCUGUGCAGUAAUUGAAAGCUUUUCGUUGGAAAGUUUGGCAUCCAUCCCCAUCGUAAAAUGGAUAGAGUUGAAAAAUAUACAACGAAUUGAAAAGGACGUGAUUAAUUGACGCACGCUUGGGUAAUAACUCCUAAUUCCAUACUCAAUUUGCUAGCCCCCCUUUUUUUUAUAUGGUUUCAAACACUUACACGGGUUCAUGACUACAAGUCGCUGCCGCUUGAGACUCUGAGAGAGAGAGAGAGAGAGAGAGAGAGAGAGAGAGAGGGAGCCUAAGUCUGCUUCUGCUUGUUGAUGAGUAUUAACCAUUACACUAUAUUCUGCUCGUUGUGAUUUGAUCAUAUCAGUUCAAAUUGUGAAGAAAAUGGCAAUGACUGAACCCUCUGAUGCCAUGGUCGGUAUUGCAGCAAAGUAGGACCGGUACCAAGAGUAGAAGUCUUUUGACAAGUCGAAAGCCGGUGUCAAGGGCAUAGACGAUUCCGGCAUAGUCAAAAUCCCAAUAAUGUUUAUCAGGCCACGGGACGAUAUUGUGGCUGAUAAAUCCGAACAAUCUGCUGCAAAUUUCGCGGAAUCGAUGCCGGUCAUUGAUCUUGACAGGGUAUGUAGGGUGCCGAGGUAGUUUCUGCGGUGCUUGAAGCUGCAAGGGAUGUAGGGUUCUUCCAGGUGGGUGAAUCACGGCAUUCCUGUCAGCAUUUUGGACGGUGUGUUGGCCGCGCAACCGGUCCAGUUGAUGAGCUCCCGAGGGAUGCGAAGCUGUGCUACUACAGUAGGGAACCCAUUAGGAGGGUUCAGGAACUUACGGAAGUAACUGUUUUAAGAAUCUGCGUAUUCUGUUCUUACUGGUAGAGGUGGCUGAAUUUACGUGUGGGGCAACUAUAUUUAUUUAUUUAUUUAAAUGACAAGGGGAUAGUUUUUUUUUUUUUGGCUAACCCGGGCAUCCAAAGCUUCGUCCGACUAAUCUCCAGGAUUUCGUGAACUCCGGCGACGUAUGGAGCGGGUAAUCACGCCAAAGGCGCUCCGGUGUCCCCAAGGGGAUUCGAACCUGAGAUUGGGUGCAAACUUAGGCACACCCAAACUCCUUGGGAUUACAAGGGGAUAGUUCUGUCCUUGCUGGUUUAUUUUCUAACAUUUUAUAUUAAAAAAAGAAAAAAAAAAUGAAAUACUAUGAUGAUUGUCUCAACAGAAAAAAACCGAGGCAUUGGAUCUCCUCCAACUUAACAUUUCAUAUCCGGUCUACCUCAUUCAGAAUGGAGUGAAAAAAAUGGCGUGGUAGUAGACAAUCAUGCCAAGAUGAAGUUUGGUCAGAUUGUAUUUUGAUUCUUUUGGGCCUUUGGGAAUCUAAGAGCAAACAAAUCAUACCACUGUUGAGUUUGAUUCCCCUUUGGUUUGGCAGACACAUGUUCAUGGAGUAUUAUUCUAAGCGAACCAAGUUAUUGGGGAAAACAUUGUUCGACUUGCUGUCCGUGGCACUUGGGCUCUUUCCUGAUUACCUCGUAAAUAUUGAUUGCGCAAUGGGGCAUGUCGUUCUCGGUCAUCACUACCCACCAUGCCCGGAGCCUGAAUUGACUUUAGGCACCACUAAACCCAGUGAUCCGGACUUCCUCUUCAGGACCAUACGGGUGGACUUCAAGUUCGAUAUCAAGAUCAAUGGAUUGAUGUUCGUCCAGUGCCCGGGGCACUUGUUAUCAACAUUGGGAGAUCUCCUGCAGCUGAUUUCAAAUGACUUGUUUAAAAGCGAAGAGCACCAAGUAUUGGCAAACAGAAUAGGGCCUAGGGUCUCUGUAGCCUUGUUCUUCACACUUCAUCUAUACCCGACCACGAGGUUGUGUGGCCCCAUCAAGGGAGCUGUUAUCAGAUUCUAAUCCGGCUGUAUAUGAGGACAUCACACUUUCGGGAGUUCAUUUCGCACUACGAUUCAAAAGGACUUGAUGGCCGCUCAACAUCGACACGUUUCAGGUUGCAGGGGUAGUUUGCUGCUGCUCAAGAUGCCUCUUUACUUGCAGGUCUGGUUGGGAGGAAGGAUCCGGUUGUAGAUUGAGUUUGUCAGUUAUAUUGUCUAUAAAUAAAAGCUGCUGUUGUGUUUACAAAAGAUUGAUUAGUGUGUUAUGGCAAUUCCAUUAUGAAGAUGAGGUGAGUGAGCAGACGCCAGCCGAUCUCUUAUGCAAAUAAUUGCAAACGUAAUUCUAUAUCUUUAUUUUAUGCUAAAGAAGCGAAGCAGUUUAUUAUUGUAUUUGUUGCAGGAU